CAUAGUCGAAGUCGUCGUCGUCGUAGUCGAAGUCGAAGUCGUCGCCGUCGUGUGGGUGUGUGGAAACGGGAAAACCACUACUACUCUCCGUCCAGUCCUCGUUGACAAACAACAAGCUGUUCCCGCGAGAGCUGCGACCCGCGACCCGCAAACCGCAAACCAAAUCAUUAAUAAAGAAAAGCCCAGCCGUCGACAUCAUCGUUUGUCGUUGUCGUUGUCGUUGUCGUUGUCGAAGUUUAUCGCAUCCGCGUUAUUCAUUUUGCGGUUAUUCUGUGGUCACGCCCCCACCCUAUUGGGGCGUUGAGCGCUCAAGGUGCAACGCAGUGAAUCGAAAUAUUGAAUGCGUGCUAAGCAGGGCUCAGGCGGAAAGUGCACAAAUCACACUCAAUCAGAGACCAGAGCCAGGCCAGAGGUCGGACAAGGUGUUGGUGUUGGUGCGCGAGUGUCGAGUGUCGAAUGUCGAAUGUCGAGUGUCUGUGUCCAAUCGCCUCGUAAAAGGAUUAAGUCUGGGGAUAAGCCCACAUCAUUCGAGUGCUGACAGCCGGAAAGCUGAUUGCGUUCUGAUAAGAACAGGACCAAGACGAAGAAUAUACUGUGAAAGGACGCCGACAACGGGGUAGGGAAAGUUUUUCUACGCCAUCAAGUGGUCAAUGUGACAGGAGGAACCCGCAAAACAACACACCAGAGCAGAGAGGAGAAGCAACAGCAGGAUCAGGGGAAAGGCACGGGCAGUUGACAGGAGCUCAGCCAAUAAAAGUCCGGGAAAACUCUGCCAGAGCCGAAUGUGGCGGACACGCUGAGGCGAGGUGAAGGUUGAAUCCAAGGGAGGAGGAGGACGGCAGCAACUGCAGCUGCAGCAGCAGCGGCAACGGCAGGCAAAACAAAAUAGGAAAAGUUGAGCAAAGUCCGGGAGCUGGAACAGCCCGGCUCAGAGAGGAAGAGGCUGAAAAGUUGAAAAUUUCGGCAGAGCGACCCCAUUCCAUCCGGAACUGUUAGCAGCAAUUGGAAUUUGAUUCUAACGCUUCUCUUCGAGGCGCAUCGCUUGUCCUGCUCGGCUCUGGGCUGCUGUUUGUGGCACCAACAGCAGGAAGAGGAGUAACUGGAUUCAAAUCAGUUUCAACAGCAGGAAAGUUCCCCCCCAUCGGAAACGGCAGCGACCUCCACCCACUCUCGACGCUUCAGUGGCCACACACUGAGAUUGGCUGCUACCCGAGGGAGGACGUGGGAAGAGGAGCUGUUGAAAUGCUGGGCACAUGCUCUGACAAUUUAUUAACUGCUCCCUGCCCCCACUAGACAUCGUUAUGGCCUGCUUCAGAGCCCGUUCCCGUUCCCUGCCGCUGCUGCUCCUCUGCCUCUCGUUGGCCUCUUGGCGGACGCCUUUGGUCAGAGGAUAUCUGAAUAUUUUCAUCAGCCACCACGAGGUGAUGAAACUGAUGGGACUCGAGGCGGAUCUGUUCUACGUGCACGAGGGAUCCAUUAACACAUACGCGAUGCACUUCACCGUCCCGGUGCCCGCGGACGUCCACGAGCUGGAGUUCUCCUGGCAGAGCCUCAUCGCCUAUCCGCUGCCCUACGCCAUCAGCAUCGAGUACGCCAACGACCAGGACGCCCUGGGCACCCCGACGCUGAGCAUCCCCCACAAGGGCCUGGUGCCGCAGGAGAUCGAGUCCUUCCUGGUGUACCUCCCGUGCACGGGCAACGCCAGCCUCCAGCUGCCCGUCAACGUCAACAUGGUGGUGCGAGGACCCCCGCGCUUCAACGACACCAGGCUCCACUUCAAGCGCAACAAGAUCUGUGCCAAGGGCAUCUCACCCGAACCGAACCAAUCGCCGGCCCCCGCCCAUGCCCCCUCCCAGGGCCCUGCCUUGCUGAGUGCCGCAGCCUGUGCCCUCGGCCUGGUCCUGGCCGUGGGCCUCGUGGCCAGCAUGAUGUAUUUGCGGGCUCGCAAGCAGCUUCGCCAGGACUCGCUUCACACAAGCUUCACCACCGCGGCCUAUGGCAGCCACCAGAACGUUUUCAUCCGCCUCGACCCGCUCGGACGGCCACCGAGUGCCACCGGCUCCUACGCGACCAUCGCCAGCCUCAACAAAUACCCCGGGGAGACCAAGAAGUCGUGCAGCAUCUUCGACCGUUUCCGCAGCUCCCCCAUCCCGACGCCCUACGCCACCGCCCUGCUGCCGAUGGGGGACCAGACGCAGGCCGGAGAAACAAUCUACUCGAAGCCAGAGUCGAUCUGUCCCUCGAGGAUAUCCUACUACGCCUCCUCGCAGCUGACGCUGACCCAGCCCUGCAGCAUGUCCACUCCAAAGAGCAGCCGUGGCAUCGGUGGCAGUGGCAGCCUCUUCGGGGCCUUCGUCAACGGUGGCAGCACCAUCACCAUGGCCAGUCACGGAGAGAAGACCAAGGACCGACUGCGUCGCAUUCCCAGCGUCCAGCCGGGAGCCCUCAACUACGAGCACCUGGUCAAGGAGGGCACCUUCGGACGGAUCUACGCCGGCAAGCUGGGCGACUCCUGUGACGCUCUGGUGAAGACUGUCAUAGAUGGGGCAUCGCUCACCCAGGUGGCCUGCCUGCUGCAAGAUGCUUCGCUGCUGAUCGGGGUCAGCCACCAGCACAUCCUGGCCCCGCUGCUGGCCAACACCGAGCUGCCCGGGCCGCCAGAGAUUGCAUAUCCCUAUCCGUCCAAGGGGAACCUAAAGAUGUACUUGCAACAGUCACGGGAGUCCAGCACAGCCCUCAGCACCCGCCAGCUGGUGGAGUUCGGGCUGCACAUCACCAAGGGACUGGCCUACUUGCACUCCCUGGGGAUCAUCCACAGGGAUAUUGCCACACGCAAUUGCUAUGUGGAUGAGGAGGCGUACGUGAAGAUCUGCGACGGCGCCCUGUCUCGGGACCUCUUCCCGGACGACUACGACUGCCUGGGCGACAACGAGAACCGGCCACUGAAGUGGCUCUCGCUGGAGGCGCUGCAGAAGAAGGUGUACGCGUCGCAAGGCGACGUCUGGUCCCUGGGCGUCCUCUACUGGGAGCUGGUCACCCUCGCCCAGAUGCCACACGAGGAGGUGGACAUAUUCGAGCUUACCAAUUACUUGGCUGCCGGCUUCCGGCUGGAGCAGCCCGUCAAUUGCCCCGAUGAAUUUUUCACCGUUAUGAACUGCUGCUGGCACUGCGAGGCCAAGCAGAGGCCAACGCCCUCGCAGCUGCUCUCGUAUCUGCAGGACUUCCAUGCGGACCUGGGCAUGUACAUCUGA